AUGGAUAUGUCUUUGUUUGCCAACACAGCUGUCGCUUCGCCAUCGAAGAUAGUCGACAAUCAAGUCACACUACACCGACUGAUCGCGAAAGUUAAAGAAGAAGUUUUUAGACACUUAGAGCCGGAAGAUCAUAAAUACUUGCUUCAAUCCUCGAGGUUAUUGUCGUUGAGGGAUUCGAAUCCAUCGAAAUGUACCGGAGAAUCAACCGUCUUGUUCAACGACCUGUCUGUUCCAAGAUGUUGGAGAGCUCGGGCGGGCAUUUACCGAGCAGAAUCUCUGAUGACGCUCGGCUUUGUCGAAUUCGCUAAAGAACAAUUGAUUCUUGCCGGUAGAAUACUCGAAACCGACGAUCAUCUCCAACCCAUCGACCUGAUCGAUCGUAAUCGCCACGAGAUCUUGGAGGGCCUUGUUGCAUGGAAUAUUGCGCUGGGAAAAAUUAAUUGGGGAAUAGUAGAUUCUGAACGUGUCUUCAACUUUUCUAUCGCUGAAAAGAAGACUAAAGAUGGAAGCAUGAUCACUACUUCUGGAAAAUUAUUCUCGGCUGGAUACCCGUCUUCUUCCUCCCUCUCAGCCUUAGAUUUAAAGUACUGUUGA